ACAUUUCCAUUUCCGUCUUCUCAAAAACACUCCUCAAUCUCUCUCUAGAUCUCUCUCUCUCUCUCUCUCUCUCUCGAAUUUUCUUGAAACCCAAAUGGCUCCUCCUGAAGUUGUUGUGAGUGGAACCACCAGGGCCACCACCCUGGCCAAGGCGGCGAGCCUGACGAGCCGAGCAUAUGUCACGUUCUUGGCUGGGAACGGUGACUAUGUGAAGGGCGUGGUUGGGCUGGCAAAGGGCUUGAGGAAGGUCAAGACUGCCUACCCGCUUGUGGUGGCGGUGCUGCCAGACGUUCCGGAGGAGCACCGCCGUAUGCUGGUGGCUCAGGGCUGCAUAGUCCGUGAGAUCGAACCCGUUUACCCACCCGAGAACCAGACCCAGUUCGCUAUGGCCUACUACGUAAUCAACUACUCCAAGCUUCGUAUCUGGGAGUUUGUGGAGUACCAUAAGAUGAUAUACUUGGACGGAGACAUCCAGGUGUUUGAAAACAUAGACCACCUCUUUGAUAUGCCAAGGGGCUACUUUUAUGCUGUUAAGGAUUGUUUCUGUGAGAAGACUUGGUCUCACACCCCACAGUAUCAGAUUGGGUACUGUCAACAAUGCCCUGAUAAGGUCCAGUGGCCUGCAGAGUUGGGUCCCAAGCCUCCCCUCUACUUCAAUGCUGGCAUGUUUGUAUUUGAGCCUAGUCUAUCUAUUUACGAUGACCUCUUGAAUACUCUCAAAAUCACCCCUCCUACCCCUUUUGCUGAGCAGGACUUUUUGAACAUGUUCUUUAAGGAUGUUUACAAGCCUAUCCCACCAAUUUACAACCUUGUUUUGGCUAUGAUGUGGCGUCACCCAGAAAACAUUGAGCUCGACAAAGUAAAAGUCGUUCACUAUUGUGCCGCGGGAUCAAAGCCAUGGAGGUAUACUGGAAAAGAACAAAAUAUGAAUAGAGAAGACAUCAAGAUGCUAGUAAAGAAAUGGUGGGACAUAUACAAUGAUGAGUCAUUGGAUUACAAGAGGAUUAAUAUAUCACCCCUUGAAGGUGAAACUAACAAAUUGAUAGCAAUGGCAUUGUCGGAGGCUGGUCAUUGUAUUGCCGCCCCAUCCGCCGCUUAGAAUUUUUUUUUUUUUUUUUUUUUUUUAGUAUGUGAAAAUUUGAAACUUUAUAAUUGUACUG